GCGCGCGGGCGGGCGCUGGCUGACGCAGGGCGCGCGGGCAGCUGGGCAGCCGGGCGGGCAUGGCGGGCGCGGGCCCGAAGCGGCGUGCGGCGGCGGCGGCGGCCCCGGCCAGGCAGGAGGAGCAGCAGGCGCGGGAGAAGAUGCUGGGGGCGGCGGGGCGCGAGGCCGCCGAGGGGGGCGAGGGCGUGGCCCUGCAGCGCAACAUCACGCUGCUCAAUGGCGUGGCCAUCAUCGUGGGCACCAUCAUCGGCUCGGGCAUCUUCGUGACGCCCACCGGCGUGCUCAAGGAGGCCGGCUCGCCGGGGCUGUCGCUGGUCGUGUGGGCCGUGUGCGGCGUCUUCUCCAUCGUGGGCGCUCUGUGCUACGCCGAGCUGGGCACCACCAUCACCAAGUCCGGCGGCGAUUACGCGUACAUGCUCGAGGUCUACGGCUCGCUGCCCGCCUUCCUCAAGCUCUGGAUCGAGCUGCUCAUCAUCCGGCCCUCGUCGCAGUACAUCGUGGCGCUCGUCUUCGCCACCUACCUGCUCAAGCCCGUCUUUCCCACCUGCCCCGUGCCCGAGGAGGCCGCCAAGCUCGUGGCCUGCCUCUGCGUGCUGCUGCUCACAGCCGUGAACUGCUACAGCGUGAGGGCCGCCACGCGUGUCCAGGACGCCUUCGCCGCCGCCAAGCUCCUGGCCCUGGCGCUCAUCAUCCUGCUGGGGUUCGUCCAGAUUGGCAAGGGCGACGUGUCCAACCUCAACCCCAAGUCCUCCUUUGAAGGCACCAACUGGGAUGUGGGGAACAUCGUGCUGGCUUUGUACAGCGGCCUCUUUGCCUACGGAGGAUGGAAUUACUUGAAUUUCGUCACAGAAGAGAUGAUCAACCCUUACAGAAACCUGCCCCUGGCCAUCAUUAUCUCCCUGCCCAUCGUCACGCUGGUGUACGUGCUCACAAACUUGGCCUACUUCACCACGCUGUCCACUGAGCAGAUGUUGACAUCAGAGGCCGUGGCCGUGGACUUCGGGAACUACCACCUGGGAGUCAUGUCCUGGGUCAUCCCCGUCUUCGUGGGUUUGUCCUGCUUCGGCUCAGUCAAUGGGUCCCUCUUCACGUCCUCCAGGCUGUUCUUCGUGGGGUCCCGGGAGGGCCACCUGCCUUCGAUCCUGUCCAUGAUCCACCCACACCUCCUGACCCCUGUGCCAUCACUCGUGUUCACGUGUCUCAUGACCCUGCUGUAUGCCUUCUCCAAAGACAUCUUCUCGGUCAUCAACUUCUUCAGCUUCUUCAACUGGCUGUGCGUGGCCCUGGCCAUCAUCGGCAUGAUCUGGCUCCGCUACAAAAAGCCGGAGCUGGAGCGGCCCAUCAAGGUGAACCUCGCCCUGCCUGUGUUCUUCAUCCUGGCCUGCCUCUUCCUCAUCGCUGUGUCUUUCUGGAAGACGCCGGUGGAGUGUGGCAUCGGCUUCACCAUCAUCCUCAGCGGGCUGCCUGUCUACUUCUUCGGGGUCUGGUGGAAGGACAAGCCCAAGUGGCUCCUCCAGGGCAUCUUCUCCGCCACGGCCCUGUGCCAGAAGCUGAUGCAAGUGGUCCCCCAGGAGACGUAGUCUGGAGAAGACACGGGACACUCCGACCCACGCCCCCUGUCGACACGUCCCCACGGCCGCCCCAGCCCCCUGGCUCCCUCCACAGGCCGUGCA